AGGGCUCGCCCCGCCGUGAGGCCGGGGCCGGGCGCGGCAGAGUGGGGCCUUGCGGCUUCCAGCCUGCUCCGGCGGGGAGGAGUGAGAGGAGGAGCCACAGCGGCCUGUGCGACAAAGCUCAGUGCGCAGGGAGUUGGUGACCAGGAAGCAGAACAGCGCCGGGCUGCCGCGGGGCGGGGGGGACCCCGCCGGAGCCUGCUGCCCCACGCCGCCGCCCCCCCGGGGGGUGGGAGGCCAGUCCUGCCGCCCCCCUGGCUCGGGGGUCGGGGCGGCUGCGGAGCGAAGCGGGAGGCGGUCGGGCUGCUGCUAAGCCGCUUAGGGCCGGGGCUGGCAUGAGCCUCCCCGGCGGGGCGGCUGCGGGCUGCGCGCUGCGGCGGGGAGGCUGAGGGCUCGGAACCGCCGCCGGCGGGGGCUGGCGGUCUCUCCCUGAGGAGGAGGCGAAGAGGGAGCCCUGCUCCCCGGGGGAAAGAUGGGGAACUGCCUCAAGUCCCCCACCUCCGAUGACAUCUCGCUGCUGCACGAGUCCCAGUCGGACAGAGCCAGCUACGGGGACGGGGCCGAGCCGGAUCAGGAGCCGCCGCCGCCAUAUCAGGAGCAGGUCCCUGUUCCUGUUUAUCACCCAACUCCUAGCCAGACUCGGCUGGCAACACAGCUGACAGAAGAGGAACAGAUCAGAAUAGCGCAGAGGAUAGGCCUUAUUCAGCAUCUACCCAAAGGAGUCUAUGAUCCUGGAAGAGACGGCUCCGAGAAGAAGAUCAGAGAAUGUGUCAUUUGUAUGAUGGACUUUGUUUAUGGGGACCCUAUCCGAUUUCUGCCCUGCAUGCACAUUUACCACCUGGACUGUAUAGAUGACUGGUUGAUGAGAUCCUUUACCUGUCCAUCCUGCAUGGAGCCAGUGGAUGCAGCACUGCUCUCAUCUUAUGAAACUAACUGAGCCAGGGGUUUCUCCGCUGAACCUUCGAGGACACCAUCCACUUCCAAUGGGUUUGAUCCUUUUGUCAUUCAGCCCACAGAGCCAGGAAUUAGGAAAUUAAGAUCAUGCACAGAGUAUACCUUUCCUGAUAAAUAAA